GAUGUGUCUUCUCUCCCUGCUGCUCAUUGGCUUCUGGGGCCAUGUGACCUGUCGCGGGAGCGCUGUGGAGGACAUCUGCAUGGCCAAGCCCCGGGAUGUCCCUGUGAAUCCUGUGUGCAUCUACCGCUCCCCAGACAAGAAGGCGACCGAGGACGAGGGCCCAGAGCAGAAGAUCCCCGAGGCCACCAACCGGCGGGUCUGGGAACUGUCCAAGGCCAAUUCUCACUUUGCCACCACCUUCUAUCAGCACCUGGCAGACUCCAAGAAUGCCAGUGACAACAUCUUCCUGUCACCUCUGAGUAUCUCCACAGCUUUUGCCAUGACCAAGCUGGGGGCCUGUAACGACACCCUCAAGCAGCUAAUGGAGGUAUUUAAGUUUGACACCAUAUCCGAGAAGACAUCUGAUCAGAUCCACUUCUUCUUUGCCAAACUGAACUGCCGCCUCUAUCGAAAAGCCAACAAAUCCUCCAAGUUGGUAGCGGCCAACCGCCUUUUUGGAGAUAAAUCCCUUACCUUCAAUGAGACCUACCAGGACAUCAGUGAGUUGGUGUAUGGAGCCAAGCUCCAGCCGUUGGAUUUCAAGGGAAAUGCAGAGCAGUCCAGAGUGACAAUCAACAAAUGGGUUUCCAAUAAGACCGAAGGCCGUAUCACAGACGUCAUUCCUGUGGACGCCAUCAACGAGCUCACCGUUCUGGUGCUGGUUAACACCAUUUACUUCAAGGGCCUGUGGAAGUCCAAGUUCAGCCCCGAGAACACGCGGGAGGAGCCGUUCCACAAGGCGGACGGCGCGCAGUGCACGGCGUCCAUGAUGUACCAGGAGGGCAAGUUCCGCUACCGGCGCGUGGCCGAGGGCACCCAGGUGCUCGAGCUGCCCUUCAAGGGCGACGACAUCACCAUGGUGCUCGUCCUGCCCAGGCCGGAGCGGAGCCUGGCCAGGCUGGAGCGCGAGCUGGCGCCGGAGGGGCUGCAGGAGUGGCUGGACGCGCUGCAGGAGACGCUGCUGGUGGCCCACGUGCCCCGCUUCCGCCUCGAGGACGGCUUCAGCCUGCGCGAGCAGCUGCAGGACAUGGGCCUCGUCGACCUGUUCCGCCCCGAGCGGGCCCGCCUCCCAGGUAUCGUUGCAGAGGGCCGGAGCGACCUCUACGUCUCAGAUGCAUUCCAUAAGGCAUUUCUUGAGGUAAACGAAGAAGGCAGUGAGGCAGCAGCAAGUACCGCCAUUGGGAUUGCUGGCCGUUCGCUGAAUCCCAACAGGGUGACCUUCAAGGCCAACAGACCCUUCCUGGUUUUUAUAAGGGAAGUUCUUCUGAACACUAUUAUCUUCAUGGGAAGAGUAGCCAACCCUUGUGUUAACUAACGUGUUCUUAUUCUUUGGACCUCUUCCUACUUUGGUUUGUGAAAAAAAUGCAAAUAAAUACAAUUACUCCCAACUCACA